CUCUCUCUCUCUCUCUUAAUCGUCGAUUUGCCUGCCUUCAAUUUACAAACCCAACCCUAAAUAGGUUAUAGCCCAACUUCAGGCAGCCAUGGCUGCUUCGUCUUCCACGAUGCUGCUUCGUCUUCCACGAGAAAGCCCAGGUAAUCUUCAGUUCAAAGUCUGGCGACCAUCUCCGAUCUGCCUCGCCCUUCUUCUCAAAGCCCAGACCGCCGUACGGGGUACGAAUUCCGUACCCGUACCCGUACCGUGUCGCGUCGACACUGGUACUCCGCCAUUUUUGGCGAGUCCGCGUAACGCAGAUGAUGAUUCUCCUAAGUUCAGAGUCUUCAGACCUGCCAAAAUAUGGAGUAUAAGGGCUUUUGCAAGUAAGAAGUCGGUUAAGAACUUUAGAAGACAAAGGGAAGCACAAAAGGAUUUAACUCCACAACUUAAUAGGAGUCCAUCAGAUGAAAAAGAUGGGCUGGCUCCUGGAGAUAUUGUUGAAGAGAGCAAUAAGGAGUCCUCUGUUGAGAAUUUGGAUGUGCAAAAGUCGGUUAACAUUCCAUCAAGAGGUGCUGUGCUUCAGGCAUGCACCGUGACCUCUGGUCUUAUAGCUGCAUUGGGUAUUGUAAUUCGGCAGGUUUCUCAUGUUGCAUCAGCAGAAGGAUGGCCGAUCGUUGACUGCUCUACAGAAGUAUCACUAGAUUUUCAAUUGUGGCAUCUUCAGCUGAUUACUGAAGUGGUUAUAUUGAUAUCUUCAUGCCGAUACUUGCUGUUGAAGACGUGGCCGGAUUUUGCAAAGUCUAGUGAAGCAGCCAAUCAGCAGGUCCUUACUUCAUUGCAACCUUUAGAUUACAUGAUUGUAGCUUUCCUACCUGGAGUUACCGAGGAACUCCUUUUUCGUGGUGCAUUAUUGCCACUUUUUGGAAUCAAUUGGAAAAGUUCCUUGCUGGUGGCUGCUCUUUUUGGUUUUUUGCACUUGGGAAGUGGCCGAAAGUACUCUUUUGCAAUUUGGGCAACAUUUGUUGGGUUUGUCUAUGGUUUUGCGACAAUACUAUCCUCGAGUCUGUUUGUACCAAUGGCUUCUCAUGCAGCAAGUAAUUUGGUUGGAGGGAUUCUAUGGCGGUACACAUCAAAGUUGUCAAAAUAGAUUAGUUCAAGCUAGAUGCUGCAAAUGAUAGACUUCCGAUGAUCCUCAACCCUAAGGAUCUUAAACCAAGUGCUGAUGUCAUUAAAGUGUACCGUACUGUAUGGACACCCCGCUCUUCUUCUUUUCUUUUUUCCUACGCCGUUUAUUCCAGUUUGCUAUAGUUAAAAAUCUUCAUGUGAUGUUAUUGUUUUUUUUUUUAUGCUUAUUGAGUUCAGGAUUUUGACCUUGUUGGAAUGUGCAGCGUGCAAGACCAUCUGCAGUUUGGGUGAUUGUUACUGCAACAUAAAAAAAUCCCACCUGUCUUGUGAGAGGUGUUGUUUUGAAAAUUGAUGGUACCAUGGUUCAUAACUCAUAAUCAACUCAUUGAAAUGCCCUUUUAUACAAGAUGAGGAUUUACAAGUGUUUGUAGACUUUUAGUCAUGAAUAAAAUCUCUGAUUGGGAGGCUC